UAUAUCCAUAGCCAACAACCACUUAACAGCAAACUCCCACUCAAACCCAUAGAAGCAUAUAGAAUCCAAGGAAACACAGCUCUUUGCUCCCCACAACCCCUAACAAAAACCUCUGGUUUUAACAGCAUGAGGAGGAUAAAAAGCACUGUUCCCCACUUAUAUCUUUAUUGCUAAUGCACAUAUUCACAUCAUGUGGACCUCACACAAUAACCUCCAAAACUCCCUCAUCAUAUAAAAUUAUGCCUAGAGUUGUUGAUUAUCUUAAACUGACCCUCCCCACUACUCUCCAUCAUUCCAAACCCCCCCUUUCAUCUCUUUGCAUCCUUAAUAAUAUCCCCCCUUUCUUGUUACAUAUUGCUAUAUCCAUAUUCCACACAUACCAUUCAUUCAACUCUUGUUACAUAACUUCAUAAUACAAGUCCUCAAACUUGCACCACCAUGUCCAUAGCAGGCCUUAUAGACCCAGAAAUGAAUCACAACAAGUCCUUCCACCGGCGAAACGACUCUGGCGAGCUCGAUGUGUUUGAGGCAGCAAGGUACUUCUCAGGAUACAGUGAAGUUGUUGGCUACACUAGUGGCUCCACCACCUACACUCAGAAGAUCAUGAGAGAAGAAAGGCACCAUCAUGGACAAAGAGCUGCCAGAAUCAGCUUAGACAUGCCAAUGAGAAGCUUGCUCCCCCAACAAUUCCAUGGCAUGGAGAAGCAAAUCAUCAUGAAGGAGAAGAAGAACAAGCAGCCUAGCUCUCCAGGUGGAAGGCUUGCAAGCUUCUUGAACUCUCUCUUCAGCCAAUCAGCAUCAAAGAAGAAGAAGUCAAAGUCAGGCUCACAAUCCAUGAAAGAUGAAGAUGAGAGCCCUGGUGGAAGGAGAAGGAGAAGAAGCAGCAUUAGCCAUUUCAGAAGCUCAAGCACCGCAGAUUCAAAGUCCUUGUACUCCUCCUUGAGUUCAGAGUUUCGAACUCCUCCUUAUGUACAAACACCAACAAAGAGCUGCAAGGAAUUCAGAACCUUCUCAUCAGAAAAAAAGCAUGCACUGUCCUUUUCAGCAAAGUACAACAACAACAAUGGACAACAAAUAAGAUCAUCAACAACAACCACUUUGCAGAAUGAGUUGUUGUGGGAUGAGAAGAAAAAGAGGGAACCAACAACAACAACAACAACAACCAUGUUAGAUGAUAAUAGCAACCACAAACACUUAUCAGAGAAACAAAGGAACAACAACAACAACAAGGGAAAUCAUGAGUUAUUACUUGAGAAAGAUAGGAUCUUAGUGGACAACAAGUACUCAUCAGAAGAGAAGGAAACCACCACUCAAUUUAAGAACUUAAAUGAGGUUGAUGAUGGUGCAGAAAGUGAUUCAAGUUCUGAUCUGUUUGAAUUGCAAAACUAUGACUUGGGAUACUAUUCAAGUGGUCUACCUGUCUAUGAAACUACCAACAUGGAUAGCAUCAAGAGAGGAGCACCAAUUUCCAAUGGCCCUCUGUGAUUUUGGUGUACAAUAUUUUUCUUCCUUCUUAAUUGGUUAUGGUUGAAUUAGCAUGUUAGAAGCUAUGAAAAAGGAAAAUCUAUUAGAUUUUGCUUGUUUCCCGCAGGGUUUCAUUUCAACUCCUUUCAAUACUUCUUUUUUUCUGUGUGUACAGAUUGGAAUGUUGGCUUGUCUUAUCUAAUUUCAUGAUCUAAUGUCCUUUGCUUUAGGACCUUUGUUUUAGAGUGCAAAAACAAAACAAACAUAAGUUAAUGCCCUCCAUUAGUGGCUUCAA